AUGCCGUCCACUGCUGGUGUGAUCUGCAGCAAUACCACCAGCUCUUCUACCAAGAUGGACUGGGUAUCCCCUACAGGAUUAGGAGCUGUUGACUGGGUGGAGGAACACACUCUGACCCUCCUCCUGGAGCCCUGGACGCUGCUCACCACCAGGGACACAGACACCUUCCAUAAGGUGGCUGUACGGGAGGAGACUCGCCAGGUGGAGUCAGAGCCGUACGGAGAACUGAAGACGCUGUACGAGGAGGCUGUACACAGACUGGUACAGCAUGAUGUGGCCCAGGCCUGCAGGCCCCCUCCUCCACCACUAGAGGUCGCCAGGUCUCCAGCUAUGUGGUCUGCCGUCCCAGAGAGGUACAGAGGGUACAGGUUGGGCUCUCUGCUAGGACACCGCACGGAGCUACAACACUUCACAUCCUUCCUACAGGACAACACCGCCAGUAUACACCUGGCUUGCUGGCAGGACAUAGAGAAUUACAGGAGAAUCCCCCAUAAAGACAAGGCCCAGAGAGAGGACAAGUCCAGACUCAUUAAGGACAAAUACCUCAAUAGGAAAUACUUCUUUGGGCCUGACAGUCCUGCCACCAGACAACAACAGGAGGAGGUGAUGUGUCUGGCUGGUGGCUGGGGGAGACUGCUCCAUGACCGUCUGUGUGCUCCUGUCCUGGUGGACAUUCAGAGCAUCAUCAGGAACCACAUAGAAACAAGAUGGCUGCCUGUCUUCCUGACGACGCCGGAGUUCAAUGAGAGACAGCAGCAGAGAGUCAGGCAGGUCAAGGGGACGUGGAUGACCUCUGCAGGGGAGAUCCUGGCUCUCCGGAGGGCCCUGCUCAACCCCCGUCACGUGUCAUCAGUUCCCGCGCUUCGUCUCGCUGAAGGGAGACUUCCUGGAGAAUGACAUCCUGUUCUGGCUGGAAGUCCAGAGGUAUAAGGUAAGACUGAACCAAACCUUCUGUUCUGGCUGUAGGACAGAGGUAUAAGGUAAGACUGAACCAAACCUUCUGUUCUGGCUGUAGGACAGAGGUAUAAGGUAAGACUGAACCAAACCUUCUGUUCUGGCUGUAGGUCCAGAGGUAUAAGGUAAGACUGAACCAAACCUUCUGUUCUGGCUGUAGGUCCAGAGGUAUAAGGUAAGACUGAACCAAACCUUCUGUUCUGGCUGUAGGUCCAGAGGUAUAAGGUAAGACUGAACCAAACCUUCUGUUCUGGCUGUAGGUCCAGAGGUAUAAGGUAAGACUGAACCAAACCUUCUGUUCUGGCUGUAGGUCCAGAGGUAAGACUGAACCAAACCUUCUGUUCUGGCUGUAGGUCCAGAGGUAUAAGGUAAGACUGAACCAAACCUUCUGUUCUGGCUGUAGGUCCAGAGGUAUAAGGUAAGACUGAACCAAACCUUCUGUUCUGGCUGUAGGUCCAGAGGUAUAAGGUAAGACUGAACCAAACCUUCUGUUCUGGCUGUAGGUCCAGAGGUAUAAGGUAAGACUGAACCAAACCUUCUGUUCUGGCUGUAGGUCCAGAGGUAUAAGGUAAGACUGAACCAAACCUUCUGUUCUGGCUGUAGGUCCAGAGGUAUAAGACUGAACCAAACCUU